AUGCUGGAUAGCAACAACAGAAUGUUGCAACAACUGAUUGGGUCCACUGGAAAAAUGCAAGAAAGAGUGGACUCAUAUGAAUCAGCGAUAAAGGGUAUUGAGAUUCAGUUAGGGAAAAUCUCUAUGGCUCUAAACAAUCGUCCCCAAGGGACGCUACCUACAGACACACAAGUCAAUCCAAAAGAACAGGGCCCGAAGCAGCUUAUGGUGAUGAGUUUAAGAAAUGGUAGAGAUCUUGAUCUAGAACAAGAAAUUGCUCGCGAAAGCCGACCAACUAAAACAUUUGUGCCAGUACCAAUCAAUAUAGAUGAUUCGACAGGGUUAACAGAGGUGACGGAAAGAAGCGGCCUCCAGCACCCUUCCCCCCAGAGAUUGGCCAAAUAUCAGAAAGAUGAGCAGUAUAAGAAAUUCAUGGAGAUGUUGAAGCAAAUCCAGGUGAACAUCCCAUUGAUUGACGCCUUGAAGGAAAUGCCUGGUUAUGCUAAAAUGAUGAAGGACUUGAUGUUUCGCAUUGGAAGAGCAAGACCCAUAUCCAUGUUACUACAGCUAGCUAACCGAAUGGUGAAGAGGCCCUUAGGUAUACUUGAUAAUGUGCUGGUGCAGGUUGGAAAUGACAUUGCUAACUGCUCUCUGAUAGAGGCUGUGGAUGUGAUAUUGGAGGAGGAAGAUAAGACUCUGAAUGCAAAAGACCCUCUAGCAGCAUGCCUCAUGAACUUAGAAGAAAUGGAUGGUGAGGACUUGGCAAAGUGGGUUUUGGCCAUUGAAGGGCGAGGGUACUGGAAAAUAGAGCUCGAAUUCGAUCCCUUACACUUAGAAGAAAGAAAAACACCUCUAGUUAAGCCAUCAAUUGAAGAGCCACCACAGUUGGAGCUAAAACAGUUACCGUCUCACCUCAAGUAUGCCUUCUUGGGACCUAAAACCACUUUACUUGUUAUUAUCUCAUCCAAUUUGUUAGAUGUGCAGGCAGAACAACUUUUGCAGGUGUUAUUAGAAUGCAAGACUACAAUUGGCUGGACCAUUGCAGAUAUUAAGGGGAUCAACCCGGCAUUUUGUAUGCAUAAGAUUCUACUGGAAGAUGGGUUAGCAUUUGAGGAGCUGAAGAAGAGACUGGUGACAGCACCAAUCAUCGUUGCACCCAACUGGGAGCAACCGUACCUAAUAGAAAAGAAGGAGUCAAAGCCACGCUUGAUCCGUUGGAUUCUUUUGCUACAAGAAUUCGAUUUGGAGAUCCGCGAUAGGAAAGGGGAAGGGAACCAAGUGGCAGACCGCCUUUCAAGGUUGGAGGGAGCUGAAAAGAAAGUAGAGGUAGAAGAUAUAAUUGAGACAUUACCAAAUAAACAAUUGCUAGCAGUGGCAAUGGCUUGCCACGCAUCACCAUAUGGUGGCCAUUUCGGGGGAGUAAGGACAGCUGCGAAAGUGCUGGUGUCGGGAUUCUACUGGUCAACAUUGUUCAAAUAUGCACACUUAUGGGUGAAGGGUUGUGACGAAUGCCAACGAACCGAGAAUAUUUCCCGCCAAUAUGAGAUGCCUAUGAACCCAAUUCAAGAGGUAGAAGUGUUUGACGUAUGGGGAAUCGAUUUCACAGGGCCUUUCGUCAGCUCAUAUGGCAACAAGUACAUACUCGUAGCGGUGGACUACGUGUCAAAAUGGGUGGAGGCUGCAACGCUCCCUACAAAUGAUGCAAAAGGGUUGAAUCUCGACAUAGAAGAGGCGGGUACAAGUAGAGUCAUUGAGUUGCACCAGCUUGAUGAGUUUCGCUACACGUCUUUUAAGAGUGCAAGACUAUAUAAGGAGAGAAUGAAGAUGAUGCACGACAAGAAUAUUAUUGAGCGGAACUUUAAACCUGGAGAUAUGGUAUUGCUGUACAACUCAAGAUUUAGGUUGUUUCCAGGCAAGUUGAAGUCAAGAUGGUCGGGACCAUUUUGUGUGGUAGAGACGCAUCCAACUGGAGCCGUCGAGAUUACUUCGGAAGAUGGCUCCCGCAAGUUCAAAGUUAAUGGAUAA